AUGGUGGCGCGCUACGAGUUCUGCAAGGCGUCGGAUUUGGUCACAGAGCUGCAGUGGAUCAAGAUAAAGACGGCGUGGACUGAGUCAAAAAGCAGGAUGCUGAAGUUCCAGGCCACCUUGACCGAAGUUGCGUUCGAUCAUGAACAGUGUGCGAUUGUGAGAUACCUUGUGGACCCGCUCGCUCCAGCCAGCUUCAAAGCAAUCAUCGCGACCAAGUUGCCAUUCCACAAAAUCGAAAAGUAUAAAAUGAAGUAG